GUGCACGGCUGCUCUUGCCACAGGAGACCCGGGACAGAGGACUGCUGUCUGCCCUCUCUCUUCACUCUGCCUAGCUUGAGGAUCUGUCACCCCAGCCAUGAGGACCUUCGCCCUCCUCGCUGCCAUGCUUCUCCUGGUGGCCCUGCAGGCUCAGGCGGAGCCACUCCGGGCAAGAGCUGAUGCAGCUGCAGCCCAGGAGCAGCCUGGAGCAGAUGAUCAGGACGUGGCUCAUGCCUUUACAUGGGAUGAAAGUGCCGCCCUUCCGCUUUCAGAGUCAGCGAAAGGCUUGAGGUGCAUUUGCGGAAGAGGAGUUUGCCGUUUGUUAUAACGUGGCUUUGGGUCCUGCGCCUUUCGUGGUACACUCCACCAGAUCUGCUGCCGCUGAGCUUGCAGAAUCAAGAAAAAUAAGCUCAGAAUUUACUUUGAGAGUUAAAAGAAAUUCUUGUUACUUCUGUACCUUGUCCUCCAUUUCCUUUUCUCAUCCAAAAUAAAUACUUUGU